AUGUCUCUUGUCUUUUGUUUGCCGCGACCGUGUCUCUAUACGUCGGCCCGGAGGGCAUCGCGGGGUGGACAAUCUGUAUGUAACAAAUCUCUCCCAUCAUCUGCUGAUUGGACAUGGAUUCACAAAUAUCUUAGGAAGACCGGCUGGCAUCUUUGGAAGAGAAGACCGGUCAAGGCGGCCCGUCAAGACCAAAAACGCGAGGAGCUCGACGAUAUACCAGAGGCACCCUACUCCAAGAACAGCAACCCACCUUCUGGCGAACCAGCCUUUGAGCGCUUCUCUCCCGGGUCGGGUACUUUUUCUUUUGGAUUCAGCAAUAAUGAGGACUCAAACCCCCAUCCCUCUUCAGCGGCAGUCAGCAAAGCUUUGGAACUGUAUUUCCAUUACUGUCAUCGGCAGCCGAUAUGGUGCUUCGAUUAUGAAGACCUCGAGGACAAGGGGAGUCUAUCUGACGAGCUUAUCUAUAGCGUCCUAGCGCUGGCCGCACGCUUUUCGCGUGAACCGGGCCAGUCGCAGCGUUAUGGAAAUACCGCGCGAACGCUCAUCAUGCUUCGCGUGGCAAAUGGCACAGUGGACCUCGAAACCAUCGAAAGUCUAUGUCUGCUUUCGUAUUCUUCAUUCAUCGACGGGGACGUGCACCUCGGUCGGUUUCAUCUUGGCCUCGCUUUUCAGCUUUGCCGGUCCGCGAUGAUGGACGUGGAAUCCGGCUAUCCUCCUGAAAGUCCUCUGACUGAGCGAAAGAAACGCUUGUUUUGGAGUCUUCAAUCACUGGAGCAGACAUAUGGCCAACAAAAUGGGUUUCUCAGCCUCCCGGCGGAGAACCUGCGUCCUUUCUGUGCUCCCCACGGUGGAGACCGGGGAUUUGUAAAGGACUUCGAACCAAACCCGCCUCAGUUACCGCGGGAUGAUAUCGGGUGUUCCUCGCCCAACGACAUAGGCAUUUGGAGCCUGGCAGUCCAUUUCGGAUGGGUUUGGAGCAGGGUUCGCACCUAUGUGUCCGACUGUGCACAAAAUCGACUAAAGGAGCCCUGGCGCCAUGAUUCAAUGUACACGAUGAUACUCUCGGACUUGACUGAGGUGGAGAACAAGCUAUCUCAGUGCCACCGAUACGACUCAGUCAAAUUCUUCGAGCGGAGGUCAGAGGAGCUGAGAAUGAAUCGGGGAUACUGGACGCCAUGGCUGAAAGCGCAGUUCACCUAUCACUGCAUUCUGACUGUACUCAACCACCCUUUCCUCUACAUUGUGGCAUCACAGUCGAAUCCGAAUCUCUCCAUCCCCAAUGCCUUUUGGAGGAGGUCUUCAGAGCUGGUUGUGUUGCAUGCGACCUGGCUUGUCCGCAUGAUUGAUAUGGUCUCAGAAAGAAAAAUGCGCCUAAUUGAUCCCUUUUUCGGACACGCUGCAGCGAUUGCGGCCACAGUACAUCUGUAUUAUUGUUGCGCAGCGGACCCGCGACUCAAACAAAAAUCGAAGAUUGACUUCGAUAAAUGUCGGACCUUUCUCAAAAGUUUUGUUCCCUUCUCUGCAGCUUGCAGAGCUCUGGACCAAACUCUGGACAAGAUGACACGCAUUGCAUGCGGCUCGGAAAGUGUGAACUACGACUGGAUGCCGUCCAAAAUCCACCUAAGUAUCCCGUUGAUGUGGGACCUUCUCCAGAUAAACUGCAUGCCGGAGCCGCAGGAGAUCUCUGGUGGCUUAUUGCAUCCCACAUUGAUACCCGCCAUUUCGCGUGACGACGCCGGGGAAAGCUCUACGCUGGAGGUCAUCGUGGCCAUGUCACCUGAAGUCACGGUCAAUACAGCAGAUGGCGGACAGGCCGUCCAUAUGCAACCCAGUGUGGCCAAGAUGUCAUCCGUGCAAUCUUCACCAGACAGCCUCGCGUUCGCCGACAAGUUGGUCGCACCGGCCGACAGUCUCAUGAUGAAUACUCCAUGGCUCUGGACGGGCCAGUUCCCAGAUGUGGAUAAUAUGGAUUACCAAGAACCCGAGUCCGGCAUGGGGAAUAUCGACGGAUUUUCCGCCUGGUGGGACAUUGGGAAUCUCUAAGUCCUUGUGCGCGUCCGCGUUCUGCUUAGCUUUCUGCUGGUAUCUUGAUGAGGUUCGGGUUUAUGACAUGAGAUGAGAAUUGCAUGUACUUUUAUAGCGUUUAUUAGUAUCUACGGCUUAGAUGGUGCGGAGUUUACCUGGUUUGAUCUAGCGAAUACACC